AUGGCGGCUUUGGUUGUGAAGGCACUAGGGUCCGCAAUUCGGGUGUUCAAGUGGGACAUGGAACCGCCGCUGGAGGAGGAGUCCUCCGCCUCGGCGUUGGAAUAUUUGGGCGGGAUUAUUCUGGUUCGUCUCCGCACCACUUUUGCUAGCGAUCCCGAGAGAAAGAUUGAUCAAGAUCACGAGAUAUUCUUCCCCAAAAGUAGUCUGAACAACUUGAAGCAUUUUGAAACCGCUAGAAAACUGAUUGGCGCUGCUCUGAAACAAUUGCCCUAUCUUGAUUCCUGCCGGAACCUUGCUGCUGUUGCCGGCUCUUUGACGGCUGACCUACUUUUCAAAUUCAAUUUCGGUACUGAAAUCUUGUCCGGUGACGGUGCCGUACCGGUUAUAUAUCUCCGUAUGGAAAUUAAAUUGGGGGAUGAGAAGCCGAAUUCGCGUAAGAAUGUGAAUGCUGGGGAGAUAAAGUUUCCGGGUAACGUUUACGGGUUGAUUUACGUUGACGGAGAUUUUAGGAGCAAGAAAAUUCGACGGUUGUGCCGGGAGCUCUGCUACGGAGGAAGGAAGAGUUCUGAAGUUACGGAACCGCCGUUGGGUUUUGAAGAAGUGAAGCCAGCUAUACAGAUCAAGUACUUUGAAGACAGCAUCGCCGGCGACGAUCCGCAAGGGAAUCAGUGCCCGAUUUGCUUCGAUUCAUUCUCUGAAGGGACAAUGUUUGUGGAAACCAGUUGCUCAUAUCGAUUCCACAAGAAAUGCAUGUAUGAAUGGUUGCUUGACAACAGUUCUUGCCCCAUCUGUGGGUCAAUUUGCAUCGUUACUGUUUGA